AUGACGAACAAUCAAACUCAGAAUCAGAAGAAUCAAACCCUCCUGAACAGCAUCUACACGCACUACAUCAUAGAGGGUGAGAGCGGAGGAGUGAAUGAAGACCAUGAGGUUUUAAACAUGGAGAAAACACCCAGAAUACAAGACAAUCCAAUCUACUUUAAUGACAUCUUUAAACCCUCAAAUGAAACGGCAUGUGGGAGUAAAAACAAAAUAAAGACUGUUUUUACUAAAGGAAUCGCUGGAAUUGGAAAAACCAUCUCUGUGAAGAAGUUAAUUCUGGAUUGGGCAGAGGGAAAAGCCAAUCAGGAUGUAGAUUUCAUGUUUGUGCUCCCUUUUCGGGAGCUGAAUUUGAUUAGAGAGCAUCAGUACAGCCUUCACAAACUUCUUCUGGAGUUUUAUCCUGAACUUCAAGAUCUGGACUCAAAGACUUAUGAGGAGUGUAAAAUUGUGUUCAUCUUUGAUGGUCUGGAUGAAAGCAGAAUUACUCUGAUGUUUGAAGACAAUGAGAAAGUUUCUGAUGUAACUGAGACUUCAUCAGUGGGUGUGCUGAUAUCGAACCUGAUGAAAGGAGAGCUGCUACCCUCUGCUCUCAUCUGGAUCACAUCCAGACCAGCAGCAGCCAAUCAGAUCCCCUCCAAGUACAUUAACUGUGUGACAGAAAUUCAGGGAUUUACUGACGCUCAGAUAGAGGAAUAUUUCGGGAAGAGAAUCAAUGAUGAGAAUCAAGCCAGCACAAUCAUAUCACACAUCAGAAGAUCAAGAAGCCUCCACAUCAUGUGCCGAAUACCUGUCUUCUGCUGGAUCUCAUCCACUGUUCUUCAAAAGCUCCUGAAAGAAGAUCCGAGUGCAGAAAUCCCUCAAACUCUGACUGAAAUGUACAUCCACUUCCUGCUGAUUCAGAUAAACACGAGGAAUCAGAAGUAUACAGAAGCAGAUACAGAGAAACUUCUGCAGUUCAACAGAGAAAUGAUUCUGAAACUUGCUGAACUGUCUUUCAAUCAGCUGAUAAAGGGUAAUGUCUUGUUCUAUGAGGAGGACCUAAAAGAGAGCAGCAUAAAUGGGACUGACACCUCUGUGUAUUUUGGGAUUUGCACUGAGAUCUUUAAGGAGGAAUCUGUAAUUCAUCUAAGAAAGGUCUAUAGUUUCAUACAUCUGAGCUUUCAGGAGUUUCUAGCUGCUUUCUAUGUAGUUUACUCCCAUCUGAUGAAAAAGAGAGAGCCAUUGCGGUAUUUUAUGGGUGACAAACAUGAGUUGCGUAGAUGCAAUAGACAAAGGUACGCAGCUAUGAGAAACUCUUUGUGUGAGCUUCUAAUAUCAGCAGUUGAUAAAACCCUUCAGACUAAAAAUGGAAAGCUGGAUCUUUUUCUGCGGUUCCUGCUGGGCAUGUCAUUGGAGUCCAACCUAGAUCUUUUAAAUGAACUGCUAACAUACACAGAGAGCAGCUUAAAUACCAUCAAAAGAAUUCCUUUAUACUUAAAAGACCACAUCAAGACACAUGAACAUCUUUCAGCCAACAAAUGCAUGAGUCUGUUCCUCUGUCUCCUGGAAAUGAAUGACCAGACUCUGUACAGAGAGAUUCAGGACUUUAUGAAAUCUGACAAACGCUUAUUUUACCAGUUCUCUGCUUCUCACUGCUCAGCGAUUGCCUACACACUUCAGAUGUCAGAGGAGGUGCUGGAUGAGUUUGAGAUGAUGAAAUAUAGAACAUCAGAGGAGUGUAGAUUAAGACUGAUACCAGCCGUGAUGAACUGCAGAAAAGCUCUACUUGCUGGAUGUUGCCUCACUGAGCAGCAGUGUGAAACUUUGUCUUCAGCUCUGCGAUUAUCAAAUUCCCCUCUGAGGGAGCUUGACCUGAGUAACAAUGACCUGCGGGAUUCAGGAGUGAAUUUGCUAUCUACUGGACUGAAGAGUUCACAGUGCCAACUGAACAUGCUGAGACUUGUUGGAUGUAAUCUCACUGGUCAGUGCUGUGAAAGAUUGGCUUCGGCUCUUCAGUCUUCAAGAUCUGGUCUGAGAGAGCUGGACCUGAGUAACAAUGACCUGCAGGAUUCAGGAGUGAAGCUGCUCUCUGUUGGACUGAAAAGUUCACACUGUCAACUAAACAUACUGAGAUUUGCCUUAUGUAAUCUCACCGGUCAGUGCUGUGAAAGUUUGGCUUCAGUUCUACAAUCAUCAAACUCUCAUCUGAUGGAGCUGGACCUAAGUAACAAUGACCUGCGAGAUUCAGGAAUAAAACUGCUCUCCAAUGGACUGAAAAGUUCACACUGUAAACUGAACACGCUAAGGUUGUCUGGCUGUAUGGUGACAGAGGAAGGCUGUGGUUAUGUGUCUUCAGCUUUGACUUCAAACCCCUCACAUCUGAGAGAGCUGGAUCUGAGCUAUAAUCACCCUGGAGAUUCAGGAGUGAAGCUGCUCUCUGAUUUACUGAAUGAUCCAAACUUCACACUGGAGAAACUCAAUGUGGAUCAUGGAGGAGAGUUCAGGAUUACAGCAGGACUACACAAAUAUUUCUAUGAUCUCACAAUGGACCCGGACACAGCAAACACUAAGCUCAUUCUGUCUGAGGAGAACAGAAAGGUGACUUUUGUGGACGAGGAUCAGCCGUACCCAGAUCAUCCAGAAAGAUUCGACAAGCUUCCUCACGUCCUGUGCAGGGAGCCUCUGUCUGGACGCUGUUAUUGGGAGGCCGAAUGGAGCGGACAGGCCGAUAUAUCGUUGACGUAUAAAGGAAUCUGCAGGAAAGGAAGGGAAGCAGAGUGCGUGUUUGGAUUCAACGAUAUCUCCUGGUGUCUGAUCUGCUCUGAAGAGCCAUUUGCCCUCUGGAGCAAAUACCUUCACAUCGACACACGCGUCGCUAAAGGCUCCUGUAGGAAAGUAGGAGUUUAUGUGGACGUCCCGGCCGGCACCCUGUCCUUCUACAGCGUUUCCGACACACUCGCGCACGCGCACAUAUACACAUUCAACACCACGUUCACCGGAGCCGUCUACGCUGGGGUUGGAUUCAUGGUUCACGAUUCGAACUCCACGCUGACUCUGUGUCGGAGCGAAAGGCCUGCAAACAGCGCCACUGAUGUCACGCGGGAAUGAAUGCUUUUAUU